UUGCGUCAGGCGGGGACCCUUAAAAGGGGCGCGGGCGGUGGCGCGGGGCAGAGCGGGCGGCGCGGGACGAUGCGGACGAGCAUGAGCGGGGAGCAGCGCCGGGGCCGGAGCCGCGGGGAGCCGGGGCCGCCCGGGAAGGCGCUCAGGAGGAAGUGCGUGCUUGUCGAUCACCACACCUGAGAGCAGCGCCGCGUUGGCCCGGAGGUGACAAUGGCAGCCGAGGGGCUGUCUGCGGGGGGAUCCCCCAGCGCCCUGCCGGGCUGGGACCUGGAAGCCUGGUACCAGGACUUAGAGGAGGUGCUGGCGGCAGCGGAGCCCAGCGGACCCGCCGCGCCCUGGGGGGCUGAGCAGGCAGAGCUGGCUCAGCGCUGGGGCGCGGAGCGGGCUGCUGACGGGCUGGAUGCGGCCUUGGCUGCUGAGCUGCUGGAGCUGCUGGAGCCAGCGAGUACGGCGGGCGCAGCGCCAGCGGGACCCCCGGGCUCAGCACCCCGGCUGGGCAGCGAGGACGAGGCGGCGGCCGCUGCGGCGCGCGCGGCCAAGAGGAAGAGGUGCAGCGCCGGGUUGGCCAACAAGGAGCUGGCCAAGCGCCGGGAGCGCGCCAACGAGCAGCGGGUGCUGGAGCUGACGGCCCGCAACGAGCGGCUCCGCGAGGACAUCCGGCGCCUCAGCGCGGAGGUGGAGCGCACGCGCGCGGCCCUCAUCCAGCGCAUCGUGAACCUCCGCCGGGCUUAGUGCCGGCGCGGCCCCGCGGACCUGGGGGGGGGGG